CCAGCAUUUCAAGCAGCUCCGGUUAGUCAAAGAAACUACGCAUAAAUUAGAUCGCAAUUGUGUUAUUUCGACGGAUGCAAGCAUGGCACUUCUACCUCCGGAUCCAGUGAUUUGUUUGAGGUCGCCGGAACAAAGCUCCUACCAUUCACUUUGCUUCCGAACGCCAGAACACCUGUACGCCGGAACGCUUAAAGGCACCGUUCAGCUUUGGGACCUCCAGACCAACCGUGUCUCGUAUCAGCUGACCGUGGGUUCCAGUUCCAUUCUAAACCUUGCUCACACCGAAGAUGCCUUGAUAACUCAGGAAAAGUGCGGCACGGUGAAGCUUUGGAAUCUCACCGAUGCCGGUUACGUGCUCCAACACGAACUGUCCAACGAUCACGCCGGGUACUGCCGGAUGGCGUGUGACGUACAAGCGAACGCUGUGAUAAUGCCUCGCGACAAAUCGACUGUAAGUGUGCUCUGCUCUAAAACGAUGACUGAAACCAUACGCUUUUCCCCAACGGCCGACGAAGAACAGCCGGUCCCAUUCGGUUCUGUGAUGUGUGUACUGCCCGUAACACUAGAUGGCCAACGAUAUCUGAUGGCUGGCUACGAAUCCGGUUUGAUCGCGAUGUGGGAUUAUCGCACUGGCCGAGUGAUUGGCACCCCGACCUUAUUCGCCAGCGAUGGCGACUGCCUGUUUACCGUCGAUUAUGACCCAGUCACCAACCGAGGAAUAUGCGGCGGUUCCUCGAACAAUCUCUCCGUCUUCUCGGUGGACCGAAAGGCACUCCAGCUGGUGCCAAAGUCAAAGAUCCCCAUCAAAAACGCCGGCGUCCACCGGGUGCGCAUCCGGAAGGAUCUAAAGGUGUUCUCCAGUGCCGGCUGGGAUGGUCGACUUCGGAUAUUUUCCUGGAAAAGCCUUCGGCCCCUCGCCGUGCUUACCGAGCACAAAGGGGAACUGCUCGAUAUUGCCUACUCAGAGGGCAGGGUCACGAUGUGGAAGGCUCCGGUGAUGGCGGCUGCCGGGAGUGACGGACAAAUUUCGCUGUGGGAUUUGUACAAAUGAUGCCGAUCGAGCCGGAUGCGAACAAAACUCACCAUCAAUUCACCCUGGCCUCUGAUCACACAAAAACGAUCGUUUUUUUUUUGCACUUUAUAUGUUAACCGAAUUGUUAAAUUAAAUCUGUUUUUUUAUUUUAUACAUAUAUACAGCUUAUACAGGCAGAGAUUCGUACAUGAUUACUUAUGAAAUAAUCUACACGAAUAAUAAAAAAAACCUAUACAAUGAUACAGAACAUACCAGAAGAA